GGAGAGCGAGCGAGCGAGAGCGCCGUUGCUUCGCCGUCGGCUGCCCGGCUGGUGGGGCUGCCUUCCCCCCGGGAGCCAGCGCAGCCCCGCCGCCGCUGCGGAGUCCCCGGCCGAGGCUCGAUCGGCGGGCAGCGCCCCUCGCCCUGCUGCGGGCGUCGCGGAGCGGAGGCGGCCGGGCGCUUGGGGGACGGCCGGGGCAGCAGCAGCAGCAGCAGCAGCCCGCGGGGAGGAGAGCCGCCCCGUCCGCGGGGCGCGGGCCAUGGAGAGCCUGGGCGGCCGGCGCCGGAGCAGCCGCAGCUGAAGAUGCUGAGCCGGACCGGCUGGGUGAGCCGAGGGCUGGUCCUUUUGGCCAUGGUGCUCGCAACGGCCUCUGUCCCCACAUCCGGAGAAUGGGGAGAAGAAGGGGUGACCUAUGCCGAGCUGGGGAGAGACGUGGCCCUGACCUGCCCCGGAGGAGACCCAAACUCCACGACCCGAUGGCAGCGGCAUGGAGGCUCCGGGCUGCCCUCGGACUCCAGGGUCCAGCAGGGCCAGCUGCUCUUGAGCCACGUGGACCCCUCCUCCGAAGGCACCUACAGCUGCCAGAACGGCGCUGGGCUUCCCCUGGGCUCCGUGGUGCUCCGGGUUGGCCGACUCCCCGGGCCGCCCUCCGUCUCCUGCCGGGCUUCCAACUACGAGAACUUCACCUGCUUCUGGACUCCCAGCGUUGAGACUCACCUGCCCACCCGAUACAUCACCAGCUACCUGUCCCCGGUGAAGAGUGUGGGCCCGUGUGUCCAGGAUCCCGGCCGCCCCCUCACCUGCACCGUCAGCAAGUCCGAGUACUGGAGCUUGUACCGUGUGAACGUGACGGAGGUGAACCCGCUGGGCUCCAGCUUCACCCUGCUGAACAUCAUUGCCCAAAGAAUCACCAAGCCAGAUCCACCAGAGCAUGUCCGAGUGGAGCCGGUGCCCCAAGCGCCCCGGCGGCUGCGCGUCAGCUGGGAGUACCCCUCCUCUUGGCGCAAGGAGCUCUCCUUCCAGCUCCACUUCCGGCUGCGCUACCGGCCCGUCCUGCACGACUCCUGGUCAACGAUAGAGACCAGCAACAUGUCAGAGGAGAUCACGGAUGCCAUCAUGGGCCUAGAGCACACGGUGCAGGUGAGCGCCAAGGACUACCUGGAUGCUGGCAGCUGGAGCGAGUGGAGCCCGGAAGUGCGAGCCUGGCCGGCUGCAGGACAGGUCACUGAGCCCAGCCAGGCUUCUCCGGACACCAUUGAACUGGACCCGCCAGCCGAAGAGCCCUCUCCGGUCCCCGACAAUGAGCCAGUCGCAGGGCAGGGGGACUCCGUGGAGAAGGUCGCAACGCUGGUGUCGCUUGGGGUCUUCGCCUUCUUUGCCCUGGUGGCCCUGCUCCUCUUUGCCUUCCUGGUGUGGAUCCGGGCGAAGAAGCAGAGCAAAGAGGCGGACAAACACCAGGAACUGCUCGCAGGUGCCACCCACCUGAAGGCCUUGCCAAAAGGCCAGAUCUUGUAGCACAGUCCUGCCUCCGCUUGGCAGAUCAGCCGCCCAGCCAGGGCACCACGGACCUCACCCACUGCAGCUGCUGUUGACUCUCCAGGGCACGUGACUUGGGCACCCUGCCCCCACCCCCCCCCCCCCUCCCAGCCACCUCAGACCUGCGCUGCUUGUCUGCUGGAACUUGGCCUCGGGGGCCCGGCCACCCCCCCCACCCUCUGCUGCCGGGGGAUGCAGAGUUUGGACUCCUCGGGGGCUCCUUGCGUGAAGGGAGAACCGGCUGGGAAAGGGGUGCUGUGGGCUGAGCCGAGCUCCUGGCACCCCCGUCUCUGCCGCGAAGCUGACGCUCAGCCGGCUGGAGGAAGCCGGCUCCUCGGGACGAGAGAGACCAGCCUGGCAGGAAACCUUCGCCAGCCUUCGGCCCACGGAGAGAAGGACAGGCUGGCAGAGCAGAGGCAGAGGCAGAGACCCCCCCCCCCAUAGGCCAGCUGUGGGGCUCUGUGCGCGCGUGUGUGUGUGUAUGUGUGUUUGUGUGCGGAUACAUCUGUGCUUGGUUUGAUUCAGAGAAUUAAAUUUCAAAUGUUG